AUUUUUUUUCGUCGAUAGUUUUUUUCUUUAAUAUUUUUUUCCCUCGAUAGUUUUUUUUCGUUAAUAUUUUUCUUUACUACUUUUUUUCUCUAUAGUUUUUUUUCUUCAGGGUUGACACGAAACCUGGAAAUCUGCAACACCUGGAAAUGUCAGGGAAUUUUAUAAACCUUGAAACAAUGUGGAAAAUUCAGGAAAUUUCAAUCAAAAUCCUGGAAAAUUAGGGGAAAGGAAGAAUGGAAAUUUUUCUAAAUGAUCAAAAUAAGGGCAGUUGGACUCAAAAUAGAAAUCUAUUUUUAAAACUUACUACUGUCGCUUCCGGACAACGAUUUCAUUCGAUAUUUGACUUUAUGCCGGUGAGUUGUGAAACUAAAAUAAAAUGAUUUGUUCAUAUUUACAAAGACGAAAAUUUCGAGUUUUAUAAUUUUAAUUUCAAUCAAAGGAAAACAAUAACAAAAGAAUCGAGUAAUCAGUUUCAUAAUUAAAAAAGAGAAUGUUAGAAGGAAAGAAGAGUGAAGACGAUGGCAAACUCGACGACAAAGAAAAUAACGAUCAUGGAAAGAUGGAAAAUAAGUGUCAAAAUCAGGAGAAUAUUAAUAAAUUCCUAGAUUCAAUUCAAUUGAUAGGAAUUGAGAAUUCUUCUGUUAUUCAGGAACAGGAAAAAAAUAAUAAAACUCGAGAUGUAAUUGAAGAAACAAAAGUUGAUCAAGUUUCUUAUUCUAAACUCAAAAGUUGUGAAUUUUCGGAUAAAAGUGAACAAUUAAAAAUUGUCAGUGAGAUGGAAGACAAUGAGGAAAAUAUGGAGUCAACAAAAAAAAUUCAACAGUUAAAAAUUGAUGAUCAACUGAAAAAUAGUGACAAUACGGAAUUAGGGGAAAAAAGCCAAGAGUUAAAAAUCGAAAAUGACGAAAACGAGGAAAAUCAAAUAAAAUUUAAGCCAAUAAAAAAUUUAAAAUUCUGCGGAAUGCGAGAUCCAGUGCAUCCGGCGCUUUUUAUUGAAAAUUUCGAAUACUACGCUGCUGAGGAGAAUCUGAACGAGGAGGAGAAGCAAAAUCACUUUGUAAAUUCACUUCGUCAAUAUGCAGCAAUUUGGUUAAGUGAAAGAGGCCAUGGCACUUAUGAAGAAAUGAAAACGGCAUUUCUCUCAUUUUACUGGAGUUCCGAUAAACAGACUUUAUUUACACAACAUCUUAAUACAGGAAAAUAUAUGAGAAAAUGUCGACUAUCAAUGGGAAAUUAUUUUUUUAAACACGCAAUUGGUGCGAAAUAUUUAGAUUCAUCGCCAAGUGAAAAAGAAAUUAUUGAAAAAUUAAUAAAACAUUAUGAUAAACAUAUAGAGGAGGAGAUUAUAAUUCAAAAAGCACAGAGCAUCGAGGAGGUAAUUGAUAUUUUGAAAAGAAUCGAUAUUUUAAAAGGUACGAAUAAAAUGGCAAUUAAUAAAUUAUCGAAAAAUGUCAGUAGGUCAAUUAUUAUGGCGAAUGAAAAAAAUAGUUUAAAUUUAUGGGGAUGGCUUUUUUUAUUGUUAGCCGUCUCUUCUGUUGGUCUCAGUUUUUUCAGUAAAAUUUUCAUGACAAAAUAAUAUUUAAAAAAUUUAUGAGUGUUAAAGUUUUUUUACUCACUUUUUCUAUUCCAUAAGGAACAAAUUUUAUAGAAAAAAUUAUUUCUUCUAUAAUUAAGCUUAAUUUUCUUAGUGUAAUUUUCCUGCAUUUAAUUUUUUUACUGUUUUGUUUUAUCAAUUGUUAAUUAAAUAUUAAAUUAAAUUAAAUAGUUUAUAAGUACAUUAAAUUUAGAUGAAAAAUUUAGAAUUAAAUCAAAAUA